AUGGUAAAAAUUGACACCAUCAGGGCGAGCAACGCACCCUUCGCCAAUCAGCAUCAUGAAGGGCUCGUGUGCGUCUUUGCUGGCGCAACGAGUGGUAUCGGCCUUGCGACCUGCCAGAAAAUGACAACAAUGUUGCAGUCUUCAACAUUUUACAUUCUAGGCAGAUCGCCUGAGCGGUAUACGGACCUGCUCGAUCAAAUGAGAGAGCUUGCUCCUAGCAACAAAAUCGUCUAUGUUGAGACCCAAGUCUCUCUGAUCGCCAGCAUCGAUGCUGCUUGUGCUCAGAUCAGUUCGGCGGAGCAGAAGGUGGAUUACUUGUGCAUGAGCCCGGGCGGCAUGCCUUUUCAGGGUGCUGUAUGUACGCUGCGACUUUUAUCCAAUCUUUUGCCCCUCCUCAAUCGAGCAUCACAACCCCGCGUUCUUUCCAUUCUCAACGGCACCAGAGAGAAGAAGAUCAACGAAGAUGAUAUAGGUCUCGAGAAGGCUUGGGGUAUCACGGCGGUCGUAGGCCACAGUACUCUCUUAACAAGCCUGGCCUUCGACCACUUGGCCGCGCAUGAUAGCCAGAAGCACAUCGUCUUUAUACAUAGCCGCACCACGUAUCCUUCCAAAAAGGAUGGGUACUUUUGGUGGGCAUUCAUAUCUGUGAUGCAGAUAGUAUCAGGGUGGAUGAUACGCAAUUUUGGCAUGGCAGCGAAAGAGUCUGGCGAGAGAUUUGCCUUCCUUCUCAUAAGCGACACUCUCAGUCCUGGAUCCUGGCGCACUACCAGACUCAGCGACACCGUUCCCGAGAACAACAUUCUCAAGGAAUAUCACGAACGCGGCUGGGGAGAAAAGAUCUGGGAUUUUACCAUCGGUGUUUGGGAGGAGGCUCUAAUAAAGGGCACUGCAUGA